GCGCCCGUCCAGCCCCAGCCCAGCCGCCUCGAGCACGCGAAGAGGCACGCCCUCGGCCUGGCGGACCGGCUGCUGCGCCCCGACGCCGGCCGUCCAGGGAGGCCGCGGCGGCGGAAGCCGCGGCGCAAGAGGAAGCACGGCAGCUGCGCCGCGGCGGAUCGGCUGGCGGGCGGGGGUUCGCCGGUGCUCCUGGAGGACUCUAGCGACGAAGGGCCCCAGGUGCUCCUGGGGGACUCCGACAGCGAGGUCGAAGCGCCGACUCAGACAACGCUCACGUGGUGA